GAACGGGACCGGGAGCGGAACGGGACGGGAGCGGCACCGGCAGCGGCGGCGGCAAUGGCGGGCACCGAGGCUGGCACCCAGGCUGGCACCCAGGCGGGCACGGAGCGUGUGCAGGAGCUGCAGCGGGAGGUGGAGGGAGUCAAAAGCAUCAUGAGCCAGAACGUGGAGAGGAUCCUGGCACGGGGAGAGAACCUGGAGCAGCUCCACAGCAAGAGCCAAGACCUGCAGGCCACGUCGGAGCACUUCAAGACGACGUCGCAGAAGGUCUCUCGGCGCUACUGGUGGCGCAAUGCCAAGCUGCUGGCACUGCUGGGCACCGUGGGUGCCAUCCUCCUCAUCCUCAUCAUCCUGCUGGCCACUGGCGUCAUCUAGCGGCACCGCUGCCCACCCGCGGGCACCCCCAGCCCGGGCACCAUCCCUCCCUGCCGGGGCAUCCCCUGCCCACUCGUGGGCACCCCCAGCCCUGGCAUCAUCCCUCCCUGCCGGGGCAUCCCCUGCCCACUCGUGGGCACCCCCAGCCCGGGCACCAUCCCUCCCUGCCGGGGCAUCCUCUGCCCACUCGUGGGCACCCCCAGCCCUGGCAUCAUCCCUCCCUGCAGGGGCAUCCUCUGCCCACUCGUGGGCACCCCCAGCCCGGGCAUCAUCCCUCCCUGCAGGGGCAUCCUCUGCCCACUCGUGGGCAUCCCCAGCUCGGGCAUCAUCCCUCCCUGCAAGGGCAUCUCUUGCCCACCCGUGGGCACCCCCUGCCCUGGCAUCAUCCCUCCCUGCAGGGGCAUCCCCUGCCCACUCGUGGGCACCCCCUGCCCGGGCAUCAUCCCUCCCUGCAGGGGCAUCCCCUGCCCACCCGUGGGCACCCCCAGCCCGGGCACCAUCCCUCCCUGCAGGGGUAUCUCCUGCCCACUCGUGGGCACCCCCAGCCCUGGCAUCAUCCCUCCCUACAGGGGCAUUUGCCCACUCGUGGGCACCCCCAGCCCGGGCAUCAUCCUUCCCUGCAGGGGCAUUUGCCCACUCGUGGGCACCCCCAGCCCGGGCACCAUCCCUCCCUGCAAGGGCAUCUCUUGCCCACUCGUGGGCACCCCCAGCCCUGGCAUCAUCCCUCCCUGCAGGGGCAUUUGCUCACUCGUGGGCACCCCCUGCCCUGGCAUCAUCCCUCCCUGCAGGGGCAUCCCCUGCCCACCCGCGGGCACCCCCUGGGCAAUACA